AUGAGCGUCGAGGUGUGCCGAGGGACCAUCGACGGGCUGAGACGAUUCGACACGCUAUCUCCGCGACGCGCGAGAAUCCUGGAGCUCCUAAAGCCGGACGACCCCGGCCGGGACGAGCUGGAGGCGAUCGUCCGCCCGGCGCCCAGGCGGGGCCUAGUCAAACCCUACGACGAGGACACCUGGAGGUUCUUACAGAAGACCGUAACGCAGACUGCCGAAAAAGAAACUCCGCGUCGCAGAUUAGACUCGAAAGGGGAGAGGUCUCUAGCGGACGAGCUGCGCGAAGCGGAAGAGGACGAGAGAUCGGGCAGUCACAUUCGACGGGAGUUGUUGAGGGAAUUUCGGAAGCGCGGUGGAGGAAUCAGGGAGGCACUGGAGCGGGAGAGGCUGGGGAAGUUGGCGCUCGCAGUCGAAGACGACGAGGAAGACUACGAAGACGAGAACGGGUUGACGGCGGCCGCGAGACGCCUGGACGCCCUGCUCGCGGAGUCCAGGAACCUUCAUGAGGAGCUGGCCGAGAUCCACGAGGACAUCCAGGUGCUGGUCCGUCGGGUGACCCGCUGCGACCCCUGA